GACAGUUUGUUUUGCGAAAACGAUUGUUGAAUCAUCAUGAAAAUGCCUUUGAACUCUUCUCGUUGAGAGGACUUUCCUCUGACUGGAUUGGUUAAAGUUUAAGUCCCAUCUGAAUAAGUACUUUUGAGUAAUAACUGAAACAAAAAUGGCAGCAGACAGAAUUAAUUCCCGCACUGAGGAAAGAAGCUCCUGGAGUGACAACACCAAGCCCCCUCCACCACCACCCUCAGCUCCCAGGCUUCACUCAAAGGUGAAAGCCUUUGGCUAUACAGGCAAUAGAGUACCACAGUAUGUGUCAUAACACCCAUAAAACCCAGUGCUCAAACGGGGAAAUGGUUCCAAUCGUUUCCCAACCAUUCAUUUUUUCUAUUCAAUUUUAGAAACACUGAACAUAAGGGCUGUGUUUCAUGUAGGCCCACCCUGGCACGACGCCCUGACAACCACGCAAAUCGGUCUCCGACAAGGUGGCUUUUAAUCAACAGAUUCUAUGUAAUACUGUAUAUCUCUAAGUAACUAAACACAGUAUUUCCGUGUGAUUGACAGGUGACCGUUUUGAAGAACAGCGAGGCUGAGAACCACCUGAUCACCAUGACAACACUCAGAAUGGAACACACACAACAUUCUAAUUCUGGACCUGUUAUUUACACCCCCAAAACAUUUCUUCUUCUCCUGACCCAUAAUAGUGGCAUUUAAAAAAAAAUAUAUAUAUAUAUAUAUAUAUGAUUUUUCUUAUUUUAAAAGGUGUUUCAAUAUAUGUUGUGUUGUAUAAUUCAUUCAGCAGCAGUCCUUUUAAAUGGGUAAUCUGCAGAUCAAAAAUACAAAUCCACCCAGCCACUGUUUUGGUAAACAGCUGUGUAACCUAUACAGCCGACGUGUGUUCCUGGUUCCUGGUUCCUGAUAUGACUACGACUAUCUGAGAAUAUAACUGAUUGAUUUGAAUAUAAAAGUAAUACUUUUUUUAUUUUUCAAUUUAACAUCUAGAUACUAUCUUACAUUUUGUAACAUAAAUUAAUUUCCUCAUUCCUGUAUGAAUAAACAUUAAAACCACUAGCUGGCUGUCUUUCUCCGUGCUUCCAUAACCAACUAAACUCAUUCCUGUAUGAAUAAACAUUAAAACCACGAGCUGGCUGUCUUUCUCCAUGCUUCCAUAACCAACUAAACUCAUUCCUGUAUGAAUAAACAUUAAAACCACGAGCUGGCUGUCUUUCUCCGUGCUUCCAUAACCAACUAAACUCAUUCCUGUAUGAAUAAACAUUAAAACCACGAGCUGGCUGUCAUUCUCCGUGCUUCCACAAAGUGAAAGUAACUUUUGUUUUGUUUCACUCUUCUACUUACCGUCUUUCCUUGAACACAUUAUGUUCCUAUGAGGCUUUUUUUCCCCGGGUUUACUGACCGGAACUCAGUUUUAAUUUCCUAUUACAAACAGCUUUCAGCAACAAUAUUUAAAAAACAACAACAUGUGAAAUGAAGACGUCAGCAGCUUGUUGUUUCGGGGGAAUUAUUCUGUGCAUCGGGCUUUCGUUGAGAGCAACAGGGUCGUCUCAGAUUCAACUUGUCGGUUCAGCUGAUCCAGUCGUUGCCUUGGCUGGUGACGACGUCAUACUACCAUGUUACCUGGAACCCCACGUCAGUGCCGUGGAGAUGAUGGUGGAGUGGACAAGAUCUGACCUGAAAACUCAAAGGGUCCAUCUUUACCGUGAAGGUCGAGACUCCGACGGUGAACAGCUUCCGUCCUACAGGGGAAGGACAUCACUGUUUAAAGAAGAACUGAAGAACAGCAAUGUCUCCUUAAAACUGACCGGAGUUACUCUCUCUGAUGCUGGAGACUACAAGUGCUUCAUUCCAACACUGAAGGAAACAACCAUUCCACUCAUUGUUGGUGCUGUAUCUCAGCCAGUGAUCUCUAUUAAUGGAACCAAAGACUGGGGGGUGGUCCUGAAGUGUGACUCCGGAGGCUGGUACCCACAGCCUGAGCUUGAGUGGUUGGACAGUCAUGGAAAUGUCCUCUCUGCUACUGAACCCACUGAGACAAGCAACUCAACAGAGACCGAGAUUAACCCUGAGGGUCGCUACACCGUGAGACGAUAUGUCACCGUCCGGAACACUGACAACAACAGGUUCACCUGUAGAGUUGUACAGUCGCAGAUCAACCAGACAAGGGAGACACAGAUUCAUGUCCCAGACGAUAUGUUUCCUAGCGUGUGGAGGAUUGUUGGUAUAAUAAUACCAACUGUAGCAGCCAUUGUAGCCGUUGUUGUGCUGUUCUACUUUUGCAGAAAACAUCGUCAUAAACUCAAGAAAGAAGUGAAAAAAAAUCUAGAUCUUCAGACUAAGCUGGAUACAGGUAGGUGGGCAAUGUGUGUGUCAGACCUGG